GCUGAGACUGUGUAAAUACCAGAAGAGAUGGGGGUGGGUGCCUAUGAAAAAACUCCACAGUGUGAGAAGUGAAAUUGUCAGGCUCGUUUGUUCUAAGAGGAGUAAAAAGGAGUAAAAAGUUAUAUUUUUAACUUUCUGUCUCUGUGACAAACUGCAUUCGUUGGUGGGGAGCUGCACCUUUUUUCUAACCUUCUCUGAUGAGACUUCCUUCUGCUUUCCUGCUGAUUGGAGGAUUUUUCGUCAGUCACAUGAGCUUCAGCUGAUCAGAGACACGUGACUGGUGAAUAUCGUAGGCAAGAUGUUGUCUGGGCAGCUGCUUUUGCUGGUGCUCUUGGGAGCAGCUCAAGGAGUCCCACUAAGGGAGUCCAAGGAGUCCUGGGGAUAUGUUGCAGUCAGGGACAAAGCCUACAUGUUCUGGUGGUUGUACCAGGCUGACCAUUCCACCAAAAACUAUACUGAGCUGCCUCUAGUCAUGUGGCUGCAGGGUGGCCCUGGAGGAUCUGGAUGUGGAUAUGGUAACUUUGAAGAGAUUGGACCCUACGACACUUCCCUGAAGCCAAGAAACUCAACUUGGGUACAAGCAGUUAACUUACUAUUUGUGGACAACCCAGUGGGGACUGGAUUUAGCUAUACUACUGACAGUGGGGCAUUUGCUAAGGAUGUUUCCACAGUCGCUGCAGACAUGAUGGUUCUUCUGAAACAAUUCUUUGGUUCAAAGCCAGAAUACCAGGAAACACCAUUCUACAUUUUCUCAGAGUCAUAUGGGGGUAAAAUGGCAGCCGCCAUUGGUUUGGCACUCUAUAAGGAAAUAAAGGAGGGCAGCAUAAAGUGCAAGCUUGGAGGUGUGGCUCUAGGUGAUUCCUGGAUUUCCCCUAUAGACUCUGUGCUAACCUGGGGUCCAUAUCUCUACAGUAUUUCCUUGCUGGAUGAAAAAGGAUUGCAAGAGGUCCAGGGUUCCGCUAAUAAGGUUCAAGAAGCCUUAAACCGAGGGCAAUAUGACAUGGCCACAGACCUGUGGAGUCAAACAGAGGAUAUCAUAGAACAGAACACGGAUGGAGUAAAUUUUUAUAAUAUUUUAACUAAAGACUCGACAUUUGCUGGCAAAACAGAUCAGAGGAGCCCGGAAUUUGGGAAGGCAUUUCUUGGCAAAUUGUACCAGCGCCAUCUGCUGCCACUCCAAAAUGAUGCCCUCAGUGCACUCAUGAAUGGGCCCAUUAGGAAGAAGCUGAGGAUUAUUCCUGAUUCUGUAACUUGGGGAGGACAGGCUUCUGCUGUCUUUUUCAACAUGGCGUGUGAUUUUAUGAAGCCGGUGGUAGAUAUUGUGGAUGAGCUGCUAGAAGCCAAUGUCAAUGUCACUGUGUACAAUGGGCAACUAGACCUUAUAGUGGACACUGUAGGGCAGGAGACUUGGGUCAAGACACUGAAGUGGAAGAAAUUAGAGCAGUUCAAGGCUCUGAAGUGGACAGCGCUCAGAGAAGGCCAGGAAUCUUUGGAGACUGCAGCUUUCUAUAAAGCCUAUGAAAACUUUAGCUUCUACUGGAUUCUAAAGGCUGGUCACAUGGUCCCGUCUGACCAGGGUGUAACGGCACUGAAAAUGCUGCGAAUGAUUACCAAGCAGGAAAGCCCAUAAACUGGAAUGGGCAUGUGAGGGGGCCAGAGCAGGAAAUCAAAGGCCCAGAGAAAGGACAGGUGGCGACUCCCUUGUCUCCAAAAUUCAAGUUCUGUUCCCGACAGUGACGUUGCUUCCGUGCCUUGAGCCCAUUUCACUUGUGAAUGUUUAGCUAAGGGAUCAGUACACUUCUCAUUCUCCUUUGCACUUAAAUCUUGAUUGUAUUUCAAAGGUUUUCUGGUUGGCAGUGCCAUGUCCUACAAUGCACUUCUGUCUGUCUGUAUCGUAAAAUUGUCUAGUAUUGCAGGCAAUAUGUUUGCUGUGCUGCCUGUUCCCUUGUGCUGGAUGGGGGGGACUCCCAACAAAAUAUUAUUGGCAAAUGUGAA